UUAGGCCACUGCGAGAAGAACGGGUCCAGGCAAGGCAUAGCAAUAUUCAUAUUUAGCAGCAGGAGCAGCAGCAACAAUAACAACAAGCAGCUUUGGAGCUGUUUGUCCCGUCAUGUAGGCAGGAGGAAAGAUGAAACGCAUGGUGCCAGCUUCACCCAAAGACACGGAUGGAGACACGGGACUGUGAUCUGCAGGAUGUGGCGGCGCUCCUGUCAUACAGGCAGACAUUGAAGAAGAGGCGGACCUCGUGACUCGUCUAACCUCCUCAGACUGCACGUUUCCUGUGUGGGAGCCUUUCUUUGUUUUGGUUUUUUUCUGGCUGAAGUCUUUAGUCUCAUAAAUAAUGUAGCAGAAGUUUGACCGCCUCUAAACACCGUCGUUAUCGUUUUUUUUUUUUUUUUUUUUUUUUUUUUUUUUUUUUUUGUUUUUUUUUUUUUUUUCUUCUCCCUCGAUGGGGCAGAGCUUCACCCUCGUUUGUAAAUUGGUUGACUGAUGUGGUGUAGGUGCCCCCACCACACUGAAGUAAUCUGACUGAUCAUUGAGCCCCUCAGCACCUCACCCCUUUCAGGAGGAUGAACGGCUCUCUUUUAACCCCACCCAGCCCACGGGCGGCAAACUCCUCCCCUUUACCUCCAUCUCCCUCCCCCUCUCCUUCCCCACCCUCUCCUUCCUUGCUGCCCUUGUCCUCGCGCCCUCCCCCUCUCCCUCCGCUGAUGAGCCCGCCAUCCCAGGCCCAUCCAUCCUCGCUGUCGGACACGCCCACGCCAUCGCCCUCACCUUGCUUGAGCUGGACCGAAUUCUGUGAACUUCACGCCCGCGUUGCAGCCGGUGACUUUGCACGUCACUUCCGGGCGUUUCUCUUAGAAAACCCGCACUACUCCGCAGACUCUGCCGCUGCCUUUUGCCGCCGCUUCACCGACCGCUUCGUUCGCCAUUUCCAGAGCGAGCUGGAGGGGGCUCUCCCGCCGAGCUGUUCCUCUGCACGGGACGAAGUGGUGAGCUGGGCUCCACAGUCAGACGCUACGUCUCUGGAAGAGGAGGCGGUCUCGCCGCUGUCCGUGACUGGAGGAGCGGUCCCCCCGUGUCCUCCGACUAACACGACGCGGGGCUCGAAGGCAGCACCGGCACGUCUUGUGCUGGAGAACCGUGGUGGGGACAGGUUUCAGGAUUCUUAUGCCCACGGCCAAGUCCUGCCUCCAUCAUCUUCGUCAUCGUGCUGCUCCUCAGUAGGAGGGAACAACGGGAAGCGUGAGGAGAGUCGGAGCGUGUUGGCUCCGGGGAACGGCGACGCGCCUGUGGAGGAAGAGGAGGACAGCUGGCUCGGGGCGGCUUCUGUCGGCGAAGAGCUAGAAGAGCGGGAAGCGGACUUGUCAGAGGUGGACAACGCAGACUCCUCCCACACUCCUCAGAAUCCACCCUCAGUCACUCCUCCGCCCGGCUCCAAGGCAAGCGGCACGCCUGGCUCCUCCAAAAACAAGCUGAAGAAGCGUUUCUCGCUGCGGAACGUGGGGCGCAGCGUGCGGGGCAGUGUGCGAGGCAUCCUGCACUGGCGCAGCUCCUCCAGCGACGCCACGCAGGCGCAGCUGCCCUCCAGCUACAGCUACACCAUGGGCGUACAGGACACCUCUAAGAGGACCUCUGGCACACAGCCUCCGACACCCACCUCAUCCAUGCCCGUUUCUCUGUCCAUGCCCCUCUCGCUUCCUCAUUCCUCCUCCUCCUCACUGCCCCCUUCGUCGUCAAGCAGCGCCACCUCCCUGUCGUUGUCAGAAGCUGCUCGGGAUCGGCGGCGGAGCAACGGCGAAGGAGGCGAGAAGGAGAAGUGGAGCCAUCGUCUGGAGAAGCUCAGAUUGUCACGAUCCCCUCCUCCCAUCCUCACCUCGACCGCCUCCGGUUUGCACUCUGCGACGCUGCCUCCGAGCAGCGCCGCCGCCAUGGGUCCUCCGAGGAAGGUGGGCCGGCUGGUACGGGAGGGUGGGGUGAGCGUGAGCUCAUCCAGCGACGAGUGGAGCGGCAGCCACGGCUUCUCCGGCUUCUCCUUCGGUCUGCUGCAUCAUGGUACGGACAACAACCCUGCCUCGGCGCAGUCUCCUGGAGCCCAGCCGCCACCAGUGCAGUCUCUCGCCAGCGGGGGGAACGUGCCCUGGAGUGGAGGACGCUGGCACAAAUGUCGCCUGGUCCUCCGAGAGCGGGACAGAGAAGGUGGCGAGCGUGGAGAGGAGUACUAUCUGGAGUUCUUCAUCCCACCCAAAUCAUCGAAGCCUCGGCUGACUGUCCCCUGUUGCUCCAUCGUGGAUGUGAGGAGCACCACGGCGCUCGAGGUCCCCGACAAGGAGAACACCUUCCUGCUGCAGCUGGAUGGGGCGACGCAGUAUGUGAUCGAGACGCGAGAUGCCGUUCAGAUGAGGGCGUGGCUCAGUGACAUCAGGAACGGCGUCUGUCUCAGUGAACAGGAAGAUGCCGAGGGUGUGUGCGGGGGGCCGUUGGACAUCAGCGGGACGCCUGAGAUAGGUGACCGCCUUUCACAAGUAUGUUAUGGUGGGAUCGGCGGCUCCUCUCCUCUCAUGGAUCCUCUCCCGCCCGAGCUGCCACCUCGAGCGCCUCUUGACGAACCAGAUGGCCGGAUUCAUGGAGGGGGCGGAGCUAGUCUCGGCACACCGUUUGCUGAGACACCAGACGCCACAGGGUCCUUCCUCUUCUCUGACGUGACGCCCGUUGAGGCGGUGGAACACCCGCUCAGCGAGUGUCAGUGGUUCCACGGCACGCUGUCCCGCCUCAAAGCCGCUCAGCUAGUGCUGGCUGGAGGCCCGGCGAGCCACGGUGUCUUUCUGGUCCGUCAAAGUGAGACACGGCGCGGAGAAUACGUCCUCACCUUCAACUUCCAGGGCAAAGCCAAGCACCUCCGCCUCUCGCUGAAUGAGGACGGUCAGUGUCGAGUGCAGCACCUGUGGUUCCAGUCCAUCUUCGACAUGCUCGAGCACUUCCGCGUGCACCCGAUCCCCCUGGAGUCCGGCGGUGCCUCCGACGUCACGCUCAUCAGCUUUGUGGGAGCUACUGCCAUUCGGCAGCCAGGCCGGGACAGGGCAGGCAGUCGGCCUACAGCCUGUGAUGUCAUCACCACGCGCCAUCCUGACUCUCCAUCAACCCCCAUCUCUGACUGUGUACUUGACCAGCAGACCCCGUAGCCCUCCUCAGCCUCCUCCCCUGCCGCCGGGCCGCCCCCCGCCCCCGACUCCGCCCCAGGAGAGAGGAAAUGAAAUGGAGGCUGGAGGAGGAGGAGCAGCAGCGGCGGCGGCGUCAGCAGUGGCAGUCGCAAUCACAGGAGGAGGAAGCGGAGGAAGUGGAGGCGGUAGCGGAGGCGGCGUGGAGGACUGGGAGGAGAGGGAGAGGGACACGCCUCUCCGCCAACUAGAAGCAGCGGACGGAGAAGAGAGGGAGGGAGCGAGGGUGCCCCGAGCCAUCGAUAACCAGUACUCCUUCUUCUGAUGGAGGAGGAGGCGUAUGUGUGUUUGAGUGUGCGUGAAAGUGGGAUUGGAUGAGGCGGUGUACAUCAUAGCCAUUCAUAACCAGUAUUUUAAUUUUGUUAGCGAGGGGGAGGAGUAAAAGUACUAACACUAUGUGAGAGAGAGACGGAGAGGCGGGUGAGCGCAGCUUUACGACACUAACGAGCGGUACAUUUCUUACUUUAUAGCCAGAUAAGCUUUGUGUUUUUAUUUCGCCGGUACGCCUCGCAGCAGGCUCAGGCUCGAGCCCUGUGACGCCAGCAGACCCGACGAUACCUCACAGCGGUCCUGUCAGGACGGCACACGCUAGCCAGAGGCCAAACAUACUACAGACAUUUCUACUUUGGCAGCCAGACCCGAAACAUCGCGGCCUCUUGCGUACACGGGCGGCGCCGCAGCAAACCGAACGUGACGGAAAUGUUGGAAAGAAACUUGGAGUUGAAUAAAAAUGCAGUUUCUGAAGCCGAGCUCGGCCAGGUAGCACUAACACACCAGUUUUAUAAACCCCUCACUAACAUUUAAACUCCGCCCACACAACAUGUGACUGCUUGCAUUAAUACUACAGAUGAUGUUAACACUAAAGCCACUAUUUACGUUCACUGCUUCACUUUCACAGGUCUUUAGUUUAAAUGGUGGAAUCACGUUUAUCCUAAUGUUCAUCCCAAAUACAGUGUUUUUUAGCGUUGUCAGGACGCCGAGGUGCACGUUGUCGUUUCACUGUGGCGCUCUCACUGAGCUGACGGUACGUUCCGUUCAGCUGCUGCUAUUAUUUAUUCUAGAAACUCCUUUAAAACAACACGAUGGUGACGUCUGCACCGGGAUGUUUGUUGGUCCGUGAUGAUCGGAUCCAAGGAAAAACACAAUGACUGAAUGUGAGACGCCGCAGGCUGACGCCUUCAUGAGAGGUUUAGUUUCAUUAGUUCUUGAAGUGUAUGAGCAUAUUUUGGGCUUUAUUUUAUUUUCACUUUUGGACUUUGACACAAAUUGGUGCGUUAACUUUUUUAUUAUUAUAUUAAACGUCUUUAUUGCCAGUGUGAGACUGUAACGAUACUCGCUGCUGUUGAACUGAGUCCACCAAUCAUCACCUUCAUCACGGGGGGGGGGGGCGGGCGAUGUUCGGUGAGCUGCUCGUCACUUCAGUUUGGCUUCAACCUUUAAAAUAACACGUCUAAGUUUAGUUUGACCUGUGGUGUCGGCAUCAUUCUUAAUGGACUCGUGAGCAUUAAAGUGGCUUUCUUUUAAUUUAGCUUAAAGUCAGACUUUCUUGACUCGCAUCUUUAAAAAAAAAAAUACUUUUCUUUUGUCUUAAACAGGGACAUUUUUAAGCGGAGUCUGAGUUCGUCAGCAUUAAAACAUCAGAUGUCAUCGGGGGCGUUUGGUUCGGCUCCUUGGCAUUAAAGUGUCAUGAAGGGGUUUUUUUUUUUUUUUUUUAAUUUAAAUGCAGUUUUUGAGAAUUUUAAUAAAAUUUUAAUAGAGCCAUAAAUUGGCACAUUUACAAAAUAAUUUAAUUACAUUUUAUUUAUAUAUCACCAAAUCACAACAGUCGCCUCACAGAACUUUAUAUUCAUGAGGUGACAAAUAAAAAUCAUAACAUUUUCCCUGCAGCGUCCAUCACGACUCUGUUUUAAAUUCUUAAAUGUGUCCAUGUCUGUAAAUCACAGGCCUGUUUAGCCAGCGCACUGACGUCUAUGGAAACUCUCAUUGUAACUUUAAUUUUUUUGAAUUGAAUCACAGCAGGAUUCCUUUAGAGCAGAGGGCUCAAACCCCUCGUCCAUCGUGCGCCACGUGGAGCCCACUGUGACUUUAAGUGGGCGGGGUCAGUGAGACUCUCCUGUCAGUGUAAGAAAGUGUAACCACGUUUAAAAAUCCCUGACAUAUGUUAAUAUAAGGAAAAAGCGCACAUUCAGCAGCAUGUCUGUUUUUUCUACAUGUUACACUGAUGUUGUAGUAAUGAGAGAAAUCGGCGUGCACGUGUUGACGCUGAUGUCGUCAGUUCUGUAGCAGUUACUGAAGAAACCUCCCCCCCCCCCCCCCAAAUCAUGCUGCGCGAUCAGUCGUACCUUUGAGACAUGCGUCCUGAGCAGUAAAGUUUAUAUUUCUUUUAAAUAGAGUUUGGUUUGGCACCGCCUGAGAGGAGGUGGCGGUGGCGGGUCGGGUCUGGAUCAGGCAGGAAACAUUUACCUCAGUCACUCAGCAGCAUCACUCGGUGUAAAUGUCUCUCUCUCUUUCUCGCUUGCUUUUUCUCUCUGACACUCAAAAAGAAUCUGAUCUCAGAGCUGAUGAGUUCAGUACCAAUAAGAUGGAAAUAAUAAUACUGAUGAUGGUCAGAGUAAUAGUAUUACAUUUGUCUUUGUUUCAUAUGCUCAAUGUUACACUUGUUCCGACUCUUCUUGUGAUUCAGUUCAGAUGUUUGUGCCUUUUUACGUUUGGGGAUAAAAAGAAGGAAUGAUGACGAUAUAGGACUCGUUGUGCAGGUGGCGGUAUCCCUCGCCGUUUUCAAUCUGUCCCCUCCUCCUCCGCCUCGUCCUGCAUCAUUAAAAUUAUAGCAGCAAAUGUCGAUGAAAUACUUUUUCUCCUUGUGCCUUUCUGUGUCGUCUCAUCGCCUCUGCCUGCAUCUGUCACUCGGUUCAUUUACUCAUGUCAUAGCCACCCAGUCUCGCUCUGCUUUCCUUUGCUCAUGCACUCGUCUGAUCAUCAUCAUUGCCAUCAUCAUCAUGUUCUGUGUCCUUUUCUCAGUUUCAGAACUCUUUGUGCCUUUCUCUGUCUCUUUCUCUCUUUGCUGGGACCGUGUGUUGAAGCCGGACGGCGGUGUCUGUCUGGCCUGUGUGGUUAGUUUCAGGUACUACAUUGAAUUUAAUGAUAUAAUAUAAAUAUAGUGAAACGUA